AUGAGCUUUGCCACAAAGCUCUCUGAUUACUUCUUGUUACUAGAGGACAAUAUCUUUUUUGCCCCCAACUUUGUCACCCACAUUCGUUCGAAGGUGACCACCAUGAAGUCCAACCCCUGGGUGCUACUGGAGUUCUCCAACAGGGGCUUCCUUGGCAAACUCUUCCACAGCAAGGAUCUCCCACUCCUGGCCCAUUUGCUUCUCCUCUUCCACAAGGAGAAACCCCUCGACAGGCUGAUCUCUCAUUUCCGUACUCUCCUGGUCCAGGAAAAGCCAAUCAUCUGCAGACCCUUCCUCUUCUACCACAGGUUCCCCUAUGGCGCCACCGAUGACAAGCAGAAGGCUGCGGCAUUUCAGAACAAGAAACCCUCUGGUCCCGACAACCCACCUGGAGCUGUUUUCACAGAUAUGGAGGUUUUCGAUGUUCAUUACCCCUGGGAGGCCUACACUCUGGACGAGUCGUUCUUUUGGACACACAAUGUUAGUGAAGGGAAACACCUGACGGUGAUUCUGAACCAGCCAGCAAACCUGAGCAGAGUGCAAGUGCUGACAGGUUCCAUCGUGGGGAAGGUACGCCCUGCAGAAGGGGCAAGUGGAGCUGGGCUACUACCCUGA